AAUAAGGGAUGGAGGCGGGGCGGGGGGGGGUACCAGGGUGUUGGGGGGGAAGGCUACCCUGGGCUUGCUGCUGCCCUGGUAGCUUCUUGCUGAGCGGGCUGAGCAGUCGCGGGUAGCUGCAUGGAGGACCCCGGCGGCGGCGACGGCGGGCAGGCUGCUGGGAGCCCACCUGGGAACGGCAGCUGCGGAGGAGGAGGAGGCAGCAAGGGAAAGCAGGCGUCGCCUAAGGGCCGGGAAAUGUUCAAGAAUCAGCGGAGGGAAUCUGAGGGUUCCGUGGACUGCCCCAACCUGGAGUUUGAGUAUGGGGAUGCUGAUGAACAUGGGGCAGAGCUGUCAGAACUGUACAGCUACACCGAGAACCCGGAAUUCAUAAUAAACAGACAUUGCUUUGAAGAGGAUUUCAGAACUCAAGUACAAGGCAGAGGCUGGCUGGAGCUGGAGGAGGCCUCGCAGAAAGCCUAUAUAAUGCGUCUCUUGGAUCGGUUGGAGGUCGUUAACAGGGAACAGCGGCUGAAGGUGGCCCGGGCUAUCCUCUAUCUGGCCCAGGGCACCUUUGGGGAGUGUGAUACAGAAGCGGACGUCCUGCACUGGUCCCGCUAUAACAGCUUUCUGCUCUACCAGAUGGGAACUUUUACUGCCUUCCUGGAGCUGCUGCACAUGGAAACUGACAAUAGCCAGGCCUGUAGCAGUGCCCUACGGAAACCAGCCAUCUCCCUUGCAGACAGCACAGAGCUCAGGGUGCUGCUCAGCGUCAUGUACUUGAUGGUAGAAAACAUUCGCCUGGAACGGGAGACGGACCCUAGCGGAUGGAGGGCAACCCGGGAAACCUUCCGAACAGAGCUGACCUUCCCAGUGCGCAGUGAGGAGCCAUUCGCCCUCCUGCUCUUCUCCAUGAUCACCAAAUUCUGCAGCGGCCUGGCCCCUCACUUCCCCAUGAAGAAGGUGCUGCUGCUGCUCUGGAAGGUGGUCCUGUUUACUCUGGGUGGUUUUGAGGUCCUGCAAGCCCUGAAGAUACAGAAGAGGGCAGAACUUGGUCUGCCCCCACUAGCAGAGGACAGCAUCCAGGUUGUCCGCAGCAUGAGGGCCGCUUCACCUCCCUCCUAUACCCUGGACCUGGGGGAGUCACAGAUGGCACCACAGUCCUCCAAACAACGAGGCCGCCGGGGACGGAAGCUCCUCACCAAGCAGGACAGCCUGGACAUCUACAAUGAACGCGAUCUCUUCAAGAAUGAGGAGCCUCCCCCCGAGGAGGAGGAAGAGGCAGGAGAAGGCGAGAGCACCUUGGAUGGGGAACUUGACCUGCUGGAGCGGGGACCCCUGGUCCCCCCUCUUCUCUCCCAGACUCCAACUACUGAGCGUGUGACUUUCCCCAAGGGGUUACCAUGGGCCCCCAAGGUCAGACAGAAGGACAUCGAGCACUUCUUGGAGAUUAGCAGGAACAAGUUCAUUGGCUUCACCCUGGGGCAGGACACAGACACCUUGGUGGGAUUGCCGAGGCCCAUCCAUGAAAGUGUGAAGACUCUGAAGCAGCACAAGUAUGUCUCCAUCUCUGACGUUCAGAUCAAGAACGAGGAGGAACUGGAGAAGUGUCCCAUGUCCCUGGGAGAAGAGGAGGUGCAGGAGACCCCAUGUGAAAUCCUGUACCAGGCCAUGCUGUAUAACCUCCCACAGUACAUGAUUGCUCUGCUGAAGAUUCUCUUGGCUGCAGCCCCAACUUCCAAGGCCAAGACAGAUUCAAUCAACAUCCUGGCAGACGUCUUGCCUGAGGAGAUGCCCAUCACUGUGCUACAGAGUAUGAAACUGGGCAUCGAUGUGAAUAGACACAAAGAGAUCAUCGUAAAGAGCAUCUCUGCUGUGCUACUCUUGCUGCUGAAGCACUUCAAACUCAACCAUAUCUAUCAGUUUGAAUAUGUGUCUCAGCACCUGGUGUUCGCCAAUUGUAUUCCCUUGAUCCUGAAAUUCUUCAAUCAAAAUAUCUUAUCCUACAUCACAGCCAAAAACAGCAUCUCUGUCCUGGAUUAUCCCUCCUGUACCGUCCAUGACUUGCCAGACCUCACUGCUGAAAGCCUGGAAGCUGGAGACAACAACCAAUUCUGCUGGAGGAAUCUAUUUUCCUGUAUCAAUUUACUCAGGCUGCUUAACAAACUGACCAAGUGGAAGCAUUCCAGGACCAUGAUGUUGGUGGUGUUCAAAUCUGCCCCCAUUCUCAAGCGGGCACUCAAGGUCAAGCAGGCCAUGCUGCAGCUGUACGUGCUGAAGCUGCUGAAGAUCCAGACCAAGUACCUGGGGCGUCAGUGGAGGAAAAGCAACAUGAAGACCAUGUCGGCCAUCUACCAGAAAGUGAGGCACCGCAUGAAUGACGACUGGGCUUAUGGCAAUGACAUUGAUGCCAGGCCGUGGGACUUCCAAGCAGAAGAGUGCACUUUAAGGGCCAACAUUGAGGCUUUUAACAGCAGGCGCUACGAUAGACCCCAGGACUCAGAGUUUGCACCGGUGGAUAAUUGCUUGCAGAGUGUCCUAGGGCAGAAGCUGGAACUCCCGGAGGAUUUCUAUUAUUCAUAUGAGCUCUGGUUGGAGAGGGAGGUGUUUUCACAGCCCAUCUGUUGGGAGGAGCUACUCCAGAGUCACUGACUGGGCCCUCAUCUGCCUCCCACACAGUGCUGAAUGCCAUGGGGAAAAUACACACACACACACGCACACACACACACACACACACACACACGCACGCACACACACGCACACAUACACGCACGCACGCACGCACACAUACACACGCACGCACGUGGGAUCCUGCCCACUCUGCUCCUUCCACCUUUUCCCAAGCUCUCCUAAUUUGAAUUCAACUUUGAAGCUCCAGGUUUGGCAUAGGGAGAGCUUGGUGUGAGGAGGUUAGGGGCAGGGAGAGCGCUGCCUCCACCCUGGAUCCUGCUUUGCCUGCCCAUCCUUCGGAAACACUAUCUAAAUCCAGGAUUAGCCCUGGUGGUGGAGUCAGGGCAAGGGUGAAAGACUCGAUCUCGGGACCAGAACAAGCUACCCUAGAGCAGAUUUCCAAGAUCCAGAAGGGCCGCGAACACUAAUGAGCCUUAUUGGAGCUGGAGAGGACUCCAGACCAGGACUAGUCUGGAUAAGAUCCUGGGCUGGAUUUCUCCCUAUUUCCCCUUUGCCUGGGAUUAGCCUGGCCUUUGGCGGCUAGGAAAGCAUUCCCUGGGCUUUCUGAGCCACGGUGUUCACCUCGGUGCGAGAAUGGCAGCCUUCAUUCUCCUGAGCCAGGGAACUGGUCCAGAAUGAAGGAAGACCAGUGUUUCUGUGGUUUGUGCCUGAGGUUUUUCCCAAAUGCCAGCUUUGCAAUUGGGCUCCCGUCUUCAUCUCCUUCAACGAUGUCUCAGGGGUCUUUGCCCAGUCAAACUAUCGGACCCUUAAGAAGUCAGUAUUGUUCCGAGGCCAUUUGGGGAGUUGGGUAAGCCUGAGGCUGGAGGGCAGAGGCUACAUGCAUGUAUACCCCCCCCCCCCCCCCAUUGCACAAGCACAUGCACACAUGCAUGCUUCUAAAAAUCAUCUGCUCUCAGUGGAACUAAAUAAGAGCCCCGGUUCAUACUGCAGCAUUUCAAUAGCCUUUUUCCGCUACAAGACGGAUCUCUUUUUCCAUAUAGGGUCAUUCCUAGAUUGGAGAAGAUGGAGCCCUAUUCCCCAAGGCCUGCAUGUGGGAGUGCGGUGUAUUGUACAUGAUGAUUAUUUUCUUUGUUCCCUAAGAGUCUGCACUGGAUUUCUAAAUGAUUCCCUGCCUCCUCUCUUAAGAGCGUGACACCAUUUGAAGAUGAGACAGCUAACGUGGAACACCCCACUUUCCUCAGAAUGUUUUCUGGUUCUGUAACUUCCCCAGCUCCUGAAUGCCUGAGCCUUGCAGAAAAUUACCCUUUUUGGCCCACUUCAUUUUUCAAAAGACAAGUGAACCACAGGAGAGCAUAUUUAUUAUAUGAAAAUCGGGUCAUUCAUGCUGUGGAUCGAUUUAUUUUUUAAUUGAAUGGAACAGCAAAAGCAGCCCAGCUUGCCAUUUUUUUCACCUUCUGACUUGAUUAACGACAUUUUUUUUCUUCCUGCCCCUGCAAUUUCAGUGUCCUGGGGAGAUUUAGUAAUGUUGCUUCCAACCUCAAACCAUUACUGCCUCUUCUGAAGCUGCUUGGUCUUCUCUGUGCUAGAACAAAAACCACCCACUGCCUGACAGAAAGAAGGCUUCCCCAAGGCCCCUGUCUUGGUCCAAUGAGGACCCUUUUUUCUCCCCGGCCCAAUAAGGAUACCCAAUGGCCUUAUCUCUUUCAAAUAAUGCCUCCCAAAAUGUUCUUUCUCUUUUCUCUAAGGCUCUAGUAAAGCCUCAGGCUACCGGGGAGGUCUUUAAGAGACUGAUCAUAUUCCUUCCUUCCCUUGUGAGGAAUGGGGACUUUGUUUCACUCACGGUGUUGUUAUUGCUACAGCAUGUUGUUACUGAUGCUCAACUGAAUAUAAUAAAAAUGUAUUCAACACCUAC